UCUACGUUGUCCACAAUUUUUGUGUGAGAGAUUUGUUAACGCCGAGAUAUGCAGACGCCGGUUCUUUCAAAAAAGCAGCAAAAGCAGUCGCUGUCCGGUAAAAAAGGGCGUCAUAGAGACACCAUUAAAAAUGUUCUCGCCUCUCCGUUUGCGAAAUAUUGGCCCCAAAUAUCGGCGGAAGAUUGCGACGUCUUGAGGGACGUCUUGGAAAAAAAUCUCGCGCGAAUAGUCCCAGAAAAACCGAAAAUUCCGUGGUCGGAGCUGCGGAAAAUGGCGAAAGAGGAAAGAAAGCUGCUCAAGCGGGCAAAAUUAGGCGAAACGACCACCGAAAACGCUAGGGAAGGUAUAAUGGUCGGCGUUAACGACGCGACGAGGGCUCUGGAGGACGGUUCGGCCAGGGCCGUGUUAAUAAGCGACGACGUUCGCCCGAAAGUCAUGGUGGAGCAUCUCGUGGAUCAGGCGGUUUUGCAAUCGGUUCCCGUUUUGGUGGUGCCGGGCUUGAGAGAUAUCUUGCGUUGUAAAUGCGGGAUCGGCAGCGCGGCAGUGGCGUUCACCGCUUGCGAGCGUUAUGAAAUGACUCAAAAGUGCAUAGAGGAUAUUUUUCGAGGGUAUCCGGUGCCUAGAAAUCAUAUUAAUUAUCGGCGCUCUAUCAAUUACGUCAUCCGUGAAAAAUCCAUGGCGGCCAUGGGAGGGAUGGAAGAUUCUACACCGCAGGAGGAGGCGCCAGUAGUACUGAGCCCGAAAGUAUAUCUUUUUCGAAGGGAUAAAAAUGAGAGAGUGUUUACGCCCGAUAGUGAUAGUGUUAAUGUGGUGACUCGCGUUGGAUCUGUGGACUAUGUGAGGUUGCAGUCUUUUAGUGACAGCGUGGAGGCCGUCCAUAUUCCCCUGAAAGUGAAGAGGAUAAAGGGCAAUGUAAAUAGAAAUAAGAGAAAAGGGGAUUUGAUUAAACAGUCGAGGUCGAAGAGGAAGAGACAGUCGGAAUAAAUAGAUAUCUCUAAAUUGAGGGGAUUCUGAUUCAGGGAAAGCCAGCCGGCCAUAUGGAUAGAAUAUAGAUAAACAUAUUAUUAUCCAUCCGAGGGACAGCAGUAGGUAGGGGAUGUGCUCCAUGGUGUUCCUCAGGGAUCUAUUUUAGGUACUCUGUUUUUAAGCAUUAAUACAUGUAAUCUUGGAGGCUGUCUUUAGCACUUACUUGCGCAUUUGUAUGUAGAUCGCACGCAGGUCUAUUUAUCUUUGAAAUUCUUUUUUUUUGUUCACGUGAAUACUAUUAACGUUAAUAAAUUUUCAUGUAAGGAGUUAAUUCGAAUCUUUUCUAAAUUGUUUUUAACUCCUUUUAUUGCAUAAUAUGAUUCGUAAUGAGUAUUCAUAUAUUCCUAUAUCGAUAUUGAUUUAAUUUUCGCGUCACCCCGUACAAAAAAGGUAUUUUCGUGUAUGGUUCCGUUUUUUUUUUUGCCGAGUAAAUACGUUCGCCGCUUUUGAGGCACGUUAAAUGUGGGGCAAUAAAACCGGAGGUCUAUUUUUAAGCCAGGGGCAGACCAUCGAUAUCGUCGGAAGUUUAUUUCGCGCAUAUUCGAGAACAAAACCGAAAAUAAUUUGAACUUUAAUAAUUGCGUAUCGGGC